AUGUCUGCCACACGACUGAUUCGAAAGUCCAUACCACUCAGAGCUUCUCAACUACUCCCCAGAGCUCCAUCCUCUCACAGCUAUGCCUCUCAAGCCCGCCCAAACCAGAGCGAAGCCGACAAACACCUCGAAGACAAGCGCAGCGUUCAAGCAGGCAACGCGAACAACAACGCCACGAAAAUCGACCGUCAAUCCUACGAGUACAGCCUGACCGGCACAGACGACGGCGUAGCCAACGACCAACAGGUCUCCUACGAGAAGGGCAGCGACCCCGCCCGUUCGAGAGAGCUCGCAGGAGAAAACAGCAGCACAAACCCACUUGAAGUCAGCCCUGCAAACCCAGACGCUAGCUUAGCUGGCACCGAGUACGUAGCAACCACAGAGUUUAGACCCACAAAGGCACCGACAACGAUACAGAGUCAGGGUGUUUCGAAAACGAAGACGGCGCAGCCGGCGGAUGAUCGUGUCAAUAGGACGUUUGCUGGAGGGGACAAGAGGAAACCAGGGCAUCCUCGAGAUGUCGCGAAGGAUAGUAGGUUGGUGACUCCCGGAACGAGGUAG